AUGCUAAUAUCAAAGUUAAUAGUUCAUUUGUUUAUUUUGCCUUAUUACCUCUCAUCAGGUGUCUUCCAUGGGUGACAGGGAAACAAACAAUCACUCAGAAAUGACUGACUUCAUUCUCAUAGGCUUCAGAUUGCAAUAUGAGCUCCAUCUCCUCCUCUUCCUGAUAUUUCUGCUUGUAUAUGUCAUGAUCCUUCUAGGGAACGUUGGGAUAGCCAUUAUCAUGACUGACCCCCGGCUGAACACACCAAUGUAUUUCUUCCUAGGCAACCUAUCUUUUGUCGAUCUCUUCUAUUCGUCUGUUAUUGCACCCAAGGCCAUGACCAACUUCUGGUCUAAAAGCAAGUCCAUCUCCUUUGCAGGCUGUGUGGCCCAGGUCUUUCUGUUUGCACUCUUCAUUGUGACGGAGGGAUUCCUUCUGGCAGCCAUGGCUUAUGAUCGCUUCAUCGCCAUCUGCAACCCACUCCUCUACUCUGUUCAGAUGUCAGCACGUCUCUGCACUCAGUUGGUGGCUGGCUCCUAUUUCUGUGGCUGCAUAAGCUCAGUUCUUCAAACCAGCAUGACAUUUACUUUAUCCUUUUGUGCUUCUCGGGCUAUUGACCACUUUUACUGUGAUAUUCGACCACUUCAGAGAUUAUCUUGUUCCGACCUCUUUAUCCACAGAAUGGUUUCUUUCUCCUUAUCUAGCGUCAUCAUCUUGCCAACCAUCAUAGUCAUUAUUGUUUCUUACAUGUAUAUUGUUUCCACCGUUUUAAAGAUUCGCUCCACUGAGGGACGCAAGAAAGCUUUCUCCACCUGCAGCUCUCACCUGGGAGUCGUGAGUGUGCUGUAUGGGGCUGUCUUCUUCAUGUACCUCACCCCUGACAGGUUUCCUGAACUGAGUAAAGUGGCCUCUUUGUGUUACUCCUUAGUCACACCUAUGUUGAACCCUCUGAUUUACUCCUUGAGAAACAAAGAUGUCAAAGAGGCUCUUAAAAAACUUCUAGAGAAGAAAAAAUCUAUUCUAUGA